AUGGCUUCACAAACUGUGCCGCCGCUGCGUAUUCAGAAGGGCAGCAAUGGCUCCCCCAACAAGCUACCAAUGGUCAAUCAUCGUCCAUUGUCGGAGCUCAGCCCGAUGGCGAUUCGUCGCAACUCACCGAGCUUCCCGCAGUCAAAGAGCCCAGCAAAGGUCACAACAUCACCUCAGAAGUCUUCGCCCUUCGGCAACAACUCUCCACGCGAUUUCUGGCAAGGUCGUGAUGUCAACUCACCUGCGCGAGAACUGCAGAACCCGAUCGAGAGCAUGCCGUCGCCGCCACCAGCAAAGCGAUCGUCUAUCGAGAAUUUGAAGAAGGCAUCCCGAGUCAAGAAUAGUAGCAUGUUUGCUCGGGAGCAGACUCAUCACUACGAUCCAUCGCGCCCCAGUAUUCUUGAUGGCCGUCCACUCAACGGAAGCAUUACCUCAAACCGAUCUUCGUUCUUGCGCGACUCCACGUCCUUCAUUUCGCAGGAGAACAAGUCUCCAGUGCAGAGUCCGUUGCAGUCAUCGCCGGGUAGACCACUUGAAGACACCACCAAUGCCUCAGUGCCGCUUUCGCCGAGCAAGAGCAACACUUCGCCAACCAAGUCAUCACUGUCUAAGAGAUCAGGCAACGCGUUCAAGAACAGCGCUUUCGACCCCGAGACUGGCAUCUGGGAAGAUGACACCGAUCGUGAGGAGAAGAAGUUGCCGGCGGGUCGUUAUUUGCACCGUCAUGCAAAGAGUGUCACAUUCGACCAAGCACCACCGCAGGUCAACGAAUAUGAGAUGACCACUCCCGACCCAUCAUCCGUCGCAUCAGGCUCUCGCGAGGGCAGCUAUGAUGACGAUGAAGACGAAGAAGAGGACGAGUUCAGCUUCGAGCGUGGCUCAUCAAUGGAUCACGACGACAGUUUCGAUGCAUCGCUGGAAGACACCGAGAAGACGCCCGUCGUCCUGCCAGAAGACUGGCGCUUCAUGAGUCCCGAAGCGGCCAACACACAGCUCACCCGCGGCGAAGAGGACGUCUUUGAUGAAGAGUUCGGAAGCCCUGGUCCGACUGCAGACCCAGGAGCUCGUGCCUACCAACCUCACCAGGCCAGUCUGAACUCUGUCGACUCCAAUGGCGAACGUCGACCACUGCCGCCGCUGCCACCAGGAGCAAGCUCGCCCACCAAAAGUCCUGGCCGAGACAGUCUGUCUGGUGCACUGGAGCGUAUGAGUAAUCCCUACCGUAACUUGCCGUCUCCACCCCAGGCUCCGAUGGUGUCCAAGAACGACAUUCGCCGCAUGAGCGGCAGUGGCCUAUCAAUGAACGAUCGACUGCGUCUCAUGAUGACAGAGAAGGAGAAAGAGCAGGAUACUCAGCGAGAGCGCCGUAUGCGCCGCGCUGACGUCAAGGAGACUAGUCCAGUGAGAAGCCCAAGUCAAGAGCCUGUCCAUCUUGCUGUCGACGAUGCAAAUGAGGCCGAGGGCGUUGAAGCGGCUCCUCCCACGCAACUGUCUACUCGCGACGCCAUUCUCCGACACAUGCGCAGCGAGCAAGACCUGCAGCAACGCGCCGGCAGUGAAGAGUCCAGUAACCCGUCUCAUGCGUCGUACGAUCCAGAUGUCCCGAUUCCGUCACUCGAAGAUCCUACGUUCAGACGGUCUUCGGUCGAGAUCAAGAGAGAAGAUGACGAAGACGACAAUGGACUGUACUCGAUCCCUGACAUGUAUGCACACUCUGUCACAGCGAGCGAAGCCGAUCAGGAAGACAUGACCAGCCAGUACUCGCAGCCAUCUCUGCCUGCCUUGCCGGCCCAAGAACAGCAAGCCCAGCAGUCAAGCAACGGCCUUGCUUUGCCCGACUUCAUGGCUGACUUCAGCAUGAACACAAGUUUCGACGCCGGACUUGAGUCGUUCAUGACGCCUCCAACAGAGCAAGUGGCCGGCGACAAGUCAGACGUGUUCUCGCAAUCUGUCGAUACCAAGCUGCCAGAUCUUGCAGCCCUACGCAACUCGAUCCAACGUCCGUACACACCUCAGGAGCAACUGGAAGUCCCACAGCCCGCGUGGGAGAGCGAAGAGCCUGGUACUCCGAGCUCUGUGAUCCGUCAUCCUACCACUGAUGAAAAUUCGAUAUCUCCAAUAAGUGAUGACUUGAAUGAUCAGCAGUUACCUGUCGAUGAGCCCAUGUCGCCAAAACUCUCGGCGCCUACGCCGGCCACUCUCGACAAAGAUCUGCCCGCCACACCACCAGAACCGGUCACAGAGCCCGAGCCAGCAGCCUCUGAUGCACUCCUCGACAUACCUACCGCAAAAGGCGCCCGAAAGAGCAGUCUCGUUCAGCUUGAAAUUCCGAAGGAUCAGAGCGACGAAGGCUUGAGCUUUGGCCUAGAAAAGGAGUUCGAUCGCGUGGUCGAGGCCCAAAAGGUAGAGUUUGAACGGUCCCUCCAGCACCUCUACUACCCGUUCAACGGACGAUUCCCAUCAAAUGAGCUUCCUGAUACGAAGGACUCACCUCACAAGAACUCCCCUUUCAAAGAUCCCCUACCUUCCAGACCCCGUGGCGCACGUCUCAUGAAUGAAAGUCUUGCUAACAGACCCUUCCCCAACCAGCGAGGCUACUUGAUGCGACAGAAUACAAAAGUCGUCGUUGCGAGUGAGCGUGUGUCCCACGAUGACAGCCGCCCAACCGAUACCGCCCUUGGUGUACCAUCCAUCGAACCGAACGAAGUCGUCGCGUCGCCUCGGAAGACCAGUCAACCCACCUGGACCGCCGAGCCCUGGACCGGCAAGUCUCGUCGAAAGAGCAUUCGUGUUGGCGGUGAGACAUCGCCUAUGAAACGCAAGGAAGUAGCUCCGCCGUUGCCUGGACAGGCCAGCGCGGUAGACACCCUGAACGCUGUCACGGAAGACGAUCUCGCCGAGGAGGAAGCCGAAGACUUCGAAGAUGGUGCCGAACGAGGCCGUCUCUUCGUCAAGGUCAUUGGCGUGAAAGAUCUGCAGCUGCCCUUCCCACAACACGAGCGAACCCAGUUCGCCUUGACACUCGACAACGGCCUCCACUGUGUCACCACUGCCUGGCUGGAUCUUGCUCGAGAUGCACCUAUUGGUCAAGAGUUUGAACUUGUGGUUCUGAACGAACUCGAAUUCCAGCUCACCCUUCAGAUGAAGCUAGAGGAGCCCAAGAUCCAGCGUCCUCAGUCUCCCAGCAAGCCUCUCAGCUCGCCGAAGAAGACUGGAGCCUUCGGUAGACUCUUCGGCUCCCCCAAGAAGAAGGAAAAGGAAUUGCCACCUCCGACUCGCACAAGACCAGUGACUCCACCAUCGUUCUAUGAGAUGGUACAAGGUCUCGUAGCCAAGGACGGCUCUUUUGCUCGCGCAUACAUCAAUCUUACCGAACAUGAGAAGCGUGCCUAUGGUCGACCAUAUUCAGUGGACAUCAAAUGCUUCAACGAAUGGGCUAUGGAAGAAGUCGCCAUUGGCAGCCACCGUAGUAAGCGUGGCGCCACUUCGAUGCAGCGACGUCCUCCGUACGAGAUCGGUAAGCUGGAGCUGCUAUUGCUCUAUGUGCCGAAGCCGAAGGGAGCCAAGGACGAGGACAUGCCAAAGAGCAUGAACGGUGCUGUCCGAGCCAUGAGAGAUGCGGAGGAGAGAAUGCAACAACAAGCCAGCAUCCAGGAUUUCGAAGGUCAUCUCAGCCAGCAGGGCGGCGAUUGUCCAUACUGGCGUCGCCGCUUCUUCAAGCUCGUCGGCACAAAACUCACCGCCUACCACGAAGCCACCCGCCAGCCCCGUGCAACCAUCAACCUUGCCAAAGCAGCCAAGCUCAUCGACGACAAGUCCUCCCUUGCUCAGAAAGAGACCUCCACUAAAGGUGGUGGGCGGCGACGCAGCGCGUUCCACGAGGAAGAGGAAGGAUACAUGUUUAUCGAAGAGGGCUUCCGCAUUCGCUUCGCCAACGGUGAAGUCAUCGACUUCUACGCUGACUCCAAGGAGUUGAAGGAGCAGUGGAUGGCGGCCAUGAGUCAGGUUGUUGGUAAGCCUGGCAUCGCGGGUUCGUCCGGUGCUGGUGGGAAGGAUGCGAAGGCCUGGACUGAGAUGGUGCUCAAGCGCGAGAAGAGCACUGUUCGGAAGAACAUCGUCGACCAAGCGAGUCGGACGAAGGCUGCUGCACCGCCGAUGCCACCGAUGCCUCAGGCUGCUACGGAUGUGCCAAUAAGGAAGUCGAGCAACCAGCAAGCGCAGCAACUACAGCAGGCUCAGCACAUCGCACAGCAGCACCAUCAGUCGCUACCAGCGCCGGCACCUCGACCCAAGUCGCCCGUCCGCCAACAGGUUGCGCCGCCUCUACCUAGCAGCAUCCCUUCACCGACGAGCAAGACAUCGCGUCCAGUGAUGAACCCGCGGCAAAGCACAGGUGACAUGCGGACAUCAGGUCAUAUGCGGACUGAAAGCUAUCAGCCGGCUGCCACUGGAUCGAAGAGCCAGAGCAACAGUCCGGUCAAGAAGAGCUUUGGUUUGGCGCUUGGUGGGGGACUGAGUGCGAUGAGUGGGGAGGAGAGGAGGCGGAAGGCGCGGAGUAUGCUGAUGUGA